CCUCGAAAAACGACCCUCUACCUACUACGAGUAUGUCGAGUUUGGUCACGUGACCGCGAGGACGUAUGUCACGCAUAAUACACUCGCUACCUAUCAUCAGUUUGUUUCGAGACGCGAGACGAUGAGGUUCGCCGACGUUCGCAACGACAAACCCGACCAGGUCACCUUCUUCUUCCCGUUCUCGACAAGGAUCAGCUGGAAGGCGAAUCUCUUUCGUGAUACGCUGAACAUCGUGUGAGACAGAUCUAGAUUGUACCGUGUCCCGAUAUACGGGAUACCCCUCGAGAAGGAGAAGAACGGUUUGUACACAAACAUGCCAGCGAUACGGAGCGAAAGAGCAGAGAGACGACGGACGUAGGGAAAAAAGGGACCUCGUAAGUAGAGCCAAAAAAAAACGAGGGAGAUUUGAUUUGUUUCCGAAAAGUCAGAGACGUCAUCCCAUCUGAAAUCUUGGGUGAUAGUUGUUCCCUUCAUCUCGAAGUACCGAAAAAAUGUGGUACUCUCCGAGCAAGACCGCUGCUUCGAUGGAGGAGCAUUCGCGUGAGGAUAACAGGAGGCAGCGGGAUGACAGUGGAUUGGCAACAGCUGACGACGAUUCCGGGUUCCUGUCAGUCGGCAACGUGCAAUUUUGCAGCGACGAGAUUUGCGACGCGGGGUUGCGGUCACGACAAACCCCCUCGGAGGGUCUGCAGGACGAGGAGCGGCAACAGCAGCAACGAGUCGCGUCGAUAAUACCGGAAGCGGCGAUUGCCUCCUCGUCGCCGACGACAAUUGUAAAGGAGUCAAUCAGAAUCACUGACAGCGGCGUCGUGGACGUUGAGCUCAGCGAUGACCUGGACCGGCUCACCCUGAGCAGAGGAUCGAUUCAACUCGAGCCGAAGAUCCUCGAGCUGUCACACGUGGACGCGACCAGUGCACAUGGACAGCAACAGCUGGGUGACGAUCAGUGUUCGAUAAUCAAUAAGGAUCUCUGGCAGUUUUAUUCCAAGGAUGCCGACGGUGACACGCAAUUGCACAUCGCGAUCAUGCAGGGCUACGUGGAGGGUGCGCUGAUUCUGAUAAACCUAACGCCUCAUCCACAUUUGUUGAACAUCAUGAACGACCACCUGCAAUCACCCUUGCAUCUGGCGGUGCUGACGCAGCAACCACUGAUUGUCAGGCGUCUAGUCCUGGCGGGCGCCGAUCUAUCCCUGAGGAAUUUCCGCGGAAACACGGCUCUUCAUCUGGCCUGCGCGAACGGAGAUCUCGCUUGCGCCAAGGCUCUCACGGACCCAUUGUAUCCGAUGGAGAGGAAUAAGCUGAUGCCCGGGCAGGAAGUACCCGCCUUACCUCAAAAUUUGGAGCAAAUUAACUAUAACGGUGAGAUGUGCUUGCAUGUGGCGGUUGCUAACGGACAUGUGAAUCUAGUACGUCUUCUGCUGCGUCUCGGCGCCGAUCUCGAGGCGAAGGAGUGCCUGGCGGGAAGAACGGCACUUCAUCUUGCAGUAGAACGUAAAUGUUGGCCGAUAAUUAUCUUCUUACUGAAAGAGUGCGAACCUUGUCUGAACACGAAGACAUAUAGCGGUCUGACGGCAUAUCAAUUGGCCCUGUAUACCGAUAGACAGCUCGCCAGGGAGCUGCUGCGACACGGCGCGAAGCCGGAGCCGUUGCCGGAUUCGGAUUCCGAGAGCAGCGACGACGAGUUGAAUUACGUGUCUCCGAUUCUUCAGCUGAAAAACCUGCAGAGAUUAAAGGUCUAAGAGAGAGAAAAAUAUCCAAAUAAAUUUAUAAUGUAACUAUCGAUCAGACAACAGAUAAUUGCCGAGAGGAAGAGGAAAAGAGCGCAUGUUAUAUAUAAUAUGCAUAUAUAUGCAGAUAUUCUCGAGUUGCAUGAAUGCGCUUAUGAAGUCAUCUUUAUCAAGUAAUUGAGACGAAUAAUAAAGUUUACCAGAUCGAAAAAAGAUAUUAGAAUUGCAUUCUUAUUUAUUCAAGUUGCUAAUUGAUUUUAAACAUCGUUUUUCAAAUUGAUAUCAGCGAUAGCGAUGUAUGCGAGAUAAGCUGAAAGGUGAACAACGAACGAGCAAUAUGUGAAAAACAAAGAUCUCAGAAACAAACUGAUACGAUUAACGAAUAUUUCAUUACGAACGAAGCAACGAUAUACGGGCCAUCUGCUAUAGCAAUAUCUUUUUUUCUUUAUUAUUAAUUCUUUACGGCAGGCGGAUAUGUAAUAUCGUGUAGUAUAUAGAGUGUUUCGAGAAAAUAUUGUACAAGUAACAUAAAGGAGAAUUCAUAUUUUAAUACGAGUAUUGAUCUUGCAAUAUUGAAAAAAAUUUGUCAGAGAAAAGAGUGAUAGAUACGAAAUGCGUAAUGACAUAUCUAUGUUUAGCUAUGUGCAUAUUUUACACAUAGAGGAGUUCGACAAAUUAUGAAAAAGAAUCUUGUUAUAAAUUAAUAUAAAGAUCAUAUUAAAAUGAAUACAAAGCAAAUGCAUUGUAUGUACAAAAUACAUUUUAUCGGGAAAUAAUUAAGUUCAUAUUUUUACGCGCGCGAUUUAUAGUUGUGCGAUGUGUGCAUUAUUAGUUUUAAUCAGUUAAUAUACAAAUAGUAUUAUAUACGAUAUAUUUAUAUUAGCGAAGAAAGAUCCAGAACGAUACGAUGUUUAUUAACAAUAAACGUUCACCGGAUCGGUGUUCAUUUAAUAGUAUAAGAUCGCUUUCAUCGAUAUGCAUAAAUCCAUUGUAAUCAUUUCCUGUACAUAGCUAUCUUUUGAUAUAGAGUUUUACAAGCUAUCAUGAAUUAUUAAUAACAACCGCAACGAUGACAAUAUCAUUAUUGUUACAUUACAUUGUAUCUAAAAGCCACAUAAUUAUUUUUAAUAAAAAAAUGUAUCGCAAAAGA